UCUAUCACACGCUAAUUUAGGUGUAGGCGGAGGUACCAGCCGUCACGGUCAUUUUGAUUGGCCCCCACCCCUGUCGUGACAUCGUGGAUGCCUUGUCCCGCUCAAAGAGAUAAGAUGCGGUAUGGCCUAUGUUAAACACAAUGCUGUGAGCCAGGUUAAGAUAAAAUACAUUAUCUUCUCAGCCAUGGCUCACUUCACUCGACCUUUAUCUACUUCACAGUUCUCACAAUAUCCAACGACACUGCAAAAUUAUUCGCUCUUGUUGUCCCAGUACACCAUGGACAAAAUGGCAGUUCUGCUCGAAUCCUCCACUGCAGAAUUAUCACUGCACCUAAUUUCAGUCCCUAGCAGAUAUGUUCUAGUACUCCCUAAGUUGGACGCUCCAGGGAGCGCGAGAAAUUAAUGACUGAGAUUCAGUUCAUAGAAUACUGUCCACUGAGCAGUUUGCUUG